CAAGAUCCAUGUGCGAUGAGUUUCUCUUUGCGGUAUUCAUUUACCCCUUCCGCGUUGACAAUCCGCAGGUAGUCUGGUCUGCCAACCGGGCUUGCCCUGUCAGGGAGAACACCACCCUUACGUUUACAAGAGAUGGGAACUUGGUCCUUCAUGAUGCUGAUGGUAGCCAUGUUUGGUCCAGCAACAGCUCGGGCCGAUCAGUAGUUGGCAUAAUGCUCACUGAGAUCGGCAAUCUGGUGUUGUUUGAUCAUAGGAAUGCAACCGUGUGGCAGUCAUUUGAUCAUCCUACAGACACAUUGAUCGUUGGGCAAUCACUCGAGGAAGGUAUGAGGCUCACAGCAAAUACCUCUCCAACAAAUUGGACUGAAAAUCAGUUCUAUAUCACUGUAUGCGUGGAUGGAUUAUAUGCUUUUGUUGAAUCCACACCACCACAGUGCUACUUUUCAGAUCUCAUGGGGCAAAACAAGACAGGAAAUGAUCCAACAAGGGUUACAUUCAUGACUGGAAGUCUUACCAUCUUUGGGAAGCCAGGCAUGCCAGAUACUGAGAGUUAUAUGCCAUUAUUGCCAGCAACUGACUCCAUCAAGUACAUGAGAUUAGAGUCCAAUGGACACUUGAGGCUGUAUACUUGGUCUGGUACAGAAUGGAAUGUGUUUGAUGUCUUCUCCUUGCGAUCAAUACAGUCUGAAGUUGUUGGUUACAACUCUUCUGCUUACCUCAAGGUGCAGCUUAGCCCCUCUAACGAAAACAAAAAGAAGGUGCAUCUUAACCCCUCUAGUGAAAACAAAAAGGUGAUAUUAGGUGCUACAGUUGGAGCCGUUACUACACUCGUGUUGCUUGUCAUUGUUGUCACUCUUUUCCUACGAAGGAGGAAGUAUGAAGAGAAAGAUGAAUUUGAUUUUGAUCAAUUGCCUGGAAUGUUGGCAAGGUUUUCUUUUAAAAAGUUGAGCGAAUGCACUGAAGGAUUCAGUAAGAAGCUCGGAGACGGCGGGUUUGGGUCAGUUUUUCAAGGGGAAUUAGGUGAAGACAAAGUUGCAGUGAAACGUUUGGAAGGUGCUAGACAAGGAAAGAAAGAAUUCUUAGCAGAGGUCGAGACAAUUGGCAGCAUAGAACACAUCAAUCUUGUCAGGUUGAUUGGGUUUUGCGCUGAGAAGUCUGAGAGGCUUCUGGUGUAUGAAUAUAUGUCAAGAGGCUCACUUGAUAGGUGGAUCUAUUACCGCCAUAACAAUGCCCCUCUUGAUUGGUGCACCCGGUCGAGGAUCAUUCUGGAUAUUGCCAAAGGUCUAUGCUAUCUUCAUGAGGAGUGCAGGCAUAUAAUUGCUCAUUUGGACAUCAAACCACAAAAUAUUCUCUUGGAUGACAACUUCAAUGCUAAAGUGGCUGAUUUUGGACUUUGUAAGUUAAUAAAUAGGGAUCAAAGCAAGGUAGUGACUAUGAUGAGAGGAACACCUGGAUAUCUGGCACCUGAAUGGUUAACUUCGCGAAUCACUGAAAAAGUUGAUGUCUACAGCUUUGGAGUUGUUCUCAUGGAAAUAGUAAGUGGAAGAAAAAAUAUUGACACCUCUCAGCCCGAGGAGGAUGUUCAGCUUAUAAAUCUAUUACGAGAAAAGGCUCAAAACAAUCAUUUGAGUGAUCUGAUUGACAUGCACGGUGAGGACAUGGUCUCACACCAAGAGGAAGUGAUUCAAAUGUUGAAGCUCGCAAUAUGGUGUCUGCAACAAGACAGCAUUCAAAGGCCUUCAAUGUCAACUGUGAUCAAAGCAUUGGAAGGUGCGAUUAGCAUACAAACUUUCGAUGCAAAUUCAGUCAUGUCUGUUCAAGAUAAUCCAUCCACAUAUUCAGUUACAUCCCAGACAUCGAUGCUAUCUGGCCCAAGGUGAGAGUGAGACACGUGGGAAAUGAGCAGAAGAAAUAACUCAUGCAGUUUGGCUUUUUUAUAAUAUCAUGUUUGUACUUUUCAGCCAACAUGUAUAUAUAUAUUUGAUUGUUCAAUGAAGUUUUACCUGAUGGCCGUGCAUCUGAGGCUGAAAACCCAGUUCUGCUCCUUGACAGUUUGUUCUUCACUGGGCCAGGAGAGACAAACUUUUGACAUGGGGUACCAAGGCUCU